UGUGGGACUUCAAGGAGGGAUUUCCGAUUCUAAAGGACCCAGUCCCUUAAGUUCCCCCGGAAGCGUCUCCCUUUACACUGGGGCGGCGGCUGAUGUAGCCUAUGGCAAUGGAGUCAAGAUACGGAGGUUGAACCCCACGGCCGGGUUAGAAGUGGGCCCUGGAGCCUGGGACCUCGGCCGUGCCCGUGUCGGGGGAACUCGCCCAGCGCCAUGGCAGUCGCCGUGUCUUCAGAGCCUUUCGAGAAGUUGCACGACAUCUUCCGCGGGCUCUACGAUGACCUGCGAGGGGUCCCCGAGAGGCUCCUGGGGGCCGGGGGGACGGAAGAGAAAAAGAAGUUAAUCAGAGAUUUUGAUGAGAAGCAACAGGAAGCAAAUGAAACGUUGGCAGAGAUGGAAGAGGAGCUGCGCUUUGCCCCUCUGUCCUUUCGCAACCCCAUGAUGGCCAAGCUUCGAAGCUACCGCAGAGACCUGGCCAAGCUCCAGCGAGAGGUGAGGAGCACUCCUCUGACAGUGGUGCCUGGGGGCCGUGGAGACAACAAAUAUGGAGCCUAUGCCAUUGAGAAUGAGCACAUGAAUCGACUGCAGUCUCAAAGAGUAUUACUUCUGCAAGGCACUGAAAGCCUGAACCGAGCCACUCAGAGCAUUGAGCGCUCUCACCGAAUUGCCACUGAGACAGAUCAGAUUGGUGCUGAGAUCAUUGAAGAACUGGGGGACCAAAGAGAUCAGCUGGAACGCACAAAGAGCCGGCUGGUGAAUACAAAUGAAAACUUGAGCAAAAGCCGAAAGAUCUUGCGUUCAAUGUCCAGAAAAGUCGCAACCAAUAAACUGCUGCUUUCCAUGAUUAUCCUUCUGGAAUUGGUCAUCUUGGGAGGCUUAGUCUAUUACAAGUUCUUACGAAAACUCUGAAAAUUCCUGCCUCCAUUUUACUCUCCUCACGGCUCUCUAAAUCAAAGAGUUAAAGGACCAACUUU